AUGUUCUGCUGUUUCCAGACUUCUGAAGGCUCAGGCCACCAAAGAACCAAGAGGCGUGGCCUUGGCUACCUUUGGAGACGUUGGGUGCGCCCAAUUACACAAUACCUAUGGCCACUUUCCCACAGGGAAACCAAGAGUAAAAGGAAGCUGAAUAAGCCCCCCACGUUCAAACCUAACAGCCCAGACUACCUGGAAAACUUCAUAUCUUAUAUUCCAACUGCAAUUAAGAACCAGGACAUCCUUGAGAUAUAUGUAUUUUUGGCUGUGUACCCGAAGUUUGCCACCGCCUGGGAGGUGCUGGACCUGAUAAUGGAAAUGUAUGGAUCUUUCCGGCCUGACUGUGUGGAGGAUCAAGAAACAAAUACUGCCAUAUUCAGCUUUCUGUCCAUGUGGGUCCACACACACCCCCAGGACUUCUGUGAUUAUCCUGACGUGGCCACAAUGAAGCGGCUGUUGGACUACAUAAGGCUCAAUGUGCCUUCCUCAGAUGUCACUAUCCAAACUGAGGAUCUCCUAUCAGUGCUGGAGGAGCAGGAAUUGGAAAAGGAUGAGGAGGCCUCGGAUUGUGGCCUCUUGAGGGAAGGAACUCCAGAAACCCCAGUGCUGGAUAUCUCAGGGAUGGGAGAGACUCUGCCUCUGAGAGCAGCUUCAGUGGCAGGGCCAUGGGGAGAUAUGAAACCCCAAGAUGACACUAAACUCAUAGACCUGGAAGAUGGGGAACCAGAUGUGCCAGAAGUUGAACCAGUGCAGCUUCUGCCUCCAGACCAGCCUCUGCCCACAUCAGCUGAUACAGAGAAACCUCUAGAUGUGGCCCCCGAUGUUCCAGCUGUCGAGCAGAUAUUUGUACUUGGUGUUGUGCAGUUAGAUUGUGGGCUCAUCAGGUCAACAACUUCAGAAGCCCCAAUGCUGGAUGCCUCAGGGAUGCAAAAGACAGUGCAUCUGAGAGCAGCUUCUGUGGCAGGGCCACAGGGAGAUCUGAAACCAGCUUCUGUGGCAGGGCCACAGGGAGAUCUGAAACCCCAAGAGAACACUGAGCUCAUGGACCCAGCAGUUAGAGAACCAGCUGUGCCAGAAGCUGAAUCCGUGCAGCUUCUGCCUUUAGAUCAGUCUCUGCCCGCAUCAGCUGAUACACAAAAAUCUCUAUGUGUGGCUGCAGAUGUUCCAGCUGCCAGGCAGGUAUUUCUACCUGCUGUUGUGCAGUUAGGGGCACCAGAGCCUAUUUCCCCUCUGCCUGAUGUUGACAUAUAG